GGAGUGUGGAAAGAUCUCUCUCAGUCAGGAAAGCCUGGUCAGCGACAAAACAACAGGAAAGGGGACAGGCAAAAUAAGAACAAAGGAAGAGGUAAAGGAUCGGAUCCUAAUGGUUCGGAUCCAAAGACCAAGGGUAAAAUGGAUUGGAAGGAAAGGAAAGGGGUUGGAAAGGGAAAAGGAAAAGGAGAGAGUUCGAGAGAAAGAGGCAGAGAAGGAAAGGGAGAGAGAGAAAGAAUCUCAAAAGGAGAAGGAAAGGGAAAGGGAAAGAGAAAUCGAAAGGGCGAGGGUGAUGGAAAAGGAGAUGGAACGAGAACGGGAACGGGAGCGGGAAAGAUUAAAUGAAAGGGAAAAGGAAAGAUGGAGGGUGGUGGCUACGGAAAACGGGACGAAGGGGACGCAGAAAUCAUCACAGGAUAAGGAUGUUGCGAUGGCAAUCCUCGAGGAAUGGACAGUUUCCUUGUCCGUUGGCGGGGGUGGAAGGGAGGGAGGGGAUGUGCGACGAGAGGAAAGAUUUAAAAAGCCCCCGCUGCCGAGUGGCUUGACCCUGGCAGACCCUGUGGAAACACUGGAACGGUCGGAUCUGAAUAUUCAGAAGAUUCUGAUUCCUCUUAUCUGUGCUAACUCCAAUAAAGGGGUGAUGGUAAUGGCAACUCAGCUUGCCAACGGGCUGCUGGAACUUCCAACAGCGGAUGCAGAGGGAGCGUUGACAGAAUUGGUAAUUUUGGAAAAGGUGAAGCCCUUAAUCCCUAAUUUCAUGCAAGUGAGAGUGAUCCCGACAGUAAGAGUUGGUUGCUACACUGCAGAGGAUGGGAAUGGGACAAAGGCCAGAUUGUACUUCGUUUUUUUGGAUGCUAAGAUGGACAAUCAGACUAUGAAUCAACUGACCACAAUGGACAAGGAUUGGUUUCCCUUGUCCACUUUGGACUCGCCGGCCAAUGAAAGCUUGAAUAUGAUAAUAAUCAAACAGACCAUGACAGCCACUACGAUUGCUCAGUGGCUGGCAACAACAGCUUAUAGGGAUGUGAUCUUUAAGCCUGAAUUUUCGAACCUGCUGCGUGUGCCCUGGUUUGACCAACAGAACCUGAAGGGGGGAGAGGGUUCCCGUCGUCGGAAACAGCCAGAUUUGAAUGCUCCGGGUAUUGGCCGAAUCGAAGAGUCCUCCGCCAUUCCUGGGCCCUAUGCUGCCUAAGGGAUUUUUGCGGAUAGUGUCAUGGAACAUCAGAGGAUUGUGUGAUACCAACUACAAGCAUAAAAG